AGCUGAUAUUUUGGCGGCAAAUGCUAUUCAAAACAAGCGCAAGCAAAUCCCAGUGAGAUAAAUUGUACUACAAAUUAUGCAUGAUUCGGUGCAGGAGAUAGCUAAAACGCGGCGUUUUCUCAAAGAACGAUUACAACGCGACUACACCACUGUCCGUGGCUAUGAAUCGGAACGUAAUAAUGUACGGCAGUUGUUGCAGCGCACAGCUGAAAUGGGUGAAUCGAAUUCUUUGUUGUUGAUAGGACCGCGCGGUGCCGGCAAAACUACACUCAUCAAUGCCGUUCUCACGGAUUUGCUGGAGAACAAAUCGUUUGUGGACAACACGCUCAUUGUGCACCUCGAUGGCAAUUUGCAUACAGAUGAUCGCAUUGCACUCAAAUCAAUCACCGUACAAAUGCGCUUGGAGAAUGCAGCAGAUGGCAAAGUCUUUGGCUCGUUUGCCGAGAACUUGGCCUUUCUGCUGCAGUGCCUCAAGGCUGGCGACAAAAAGUCAAAGAGCGUUGUCUUUGUCUUGGAGGAAUUUGAUCUCUUUUGCACACAUCACAAUCAGACAUUGUUAUACAAUUUAUUUGAUGUCUCGCAGUCAGCUCAGGCGCCAAUUUGUGUGCUGGGCGUUACCUGUCGACUAGAUGUCAUUGAGUUGCUUGAGAAGCGCGUGAAAUCGCGAUUCUCGCACAGGCAGGUUUUCCUCUUUCCCAGUGCAAACAAAUUCGAGGAUUAUGUCUCACUCUUUCAGCAUCUAGUAAGCCUUCCUAGCAAUAAGGAGCUACAAGCAGCUGUCGAUCGCAUUGACAGCCUGCAGAUGUUCAAAUCGGACGCUUUUACCUUUCAGCGCAAUCAUUUCGAUGGAGUUGAAUAUGCAUUUGAUAAGAAACACGUUGAGAACUGGAACAAACAAAUCGAAAAACUUAUCAAAACGCCUGCAGCACAAAAGACCCUGCAAAUGCUCUAUGAUUUUGAUGUAAGCGAAGCAUUUCUCAAGACCUUCACAUUCCGUCUGGUGGCACAAUUGAAAGCUGAUGCCCCACACAUAACAGUGGAGCAGCUUACAGCACUUGGCGCUCAAUACGAAUGCGAUGACAAAGUAGAACUGCUUUGCGGUCUGUCUGUGCUCGAGCUGUGUCUGCUAAUAGCCAUAAAGCAUCAUUCGAGCAUUUAUGAUCGCGAUCCUUUCAAUUUUGAGAUCAUUUUUGGGCGCUUCUCCAAGUUCGCCAAGGUCUCUACGACGAUGCAAGGUGUGGAGCGUGCCAUAGUAUUAAAAGCCUUUGAGCAUUUGCGCAUUGUAGAGCUAAUAAUGCCCUUGUCCAGUAGUGGCAUGGGUAAAGUGCAAAAGGAAUUUGAAAUGCACAAAAUGGCCUUGACCUAUGGACAGAUACAGCAGGCUGUGCAACGCUAUCAGGCGCUGCCCACAGAAGUUGCACAAUGGGCACAGAGUUCGAUAAUUUAAG